UUUGCCAGGGCAAUUACCUUCCACCCAAUGAUGAUCCAUACUCUGAUGAAGGAAUUGAAAAAGAUAUACCAAGAUGAUAACAAAACAACUUUGGAUUUUUCAGCAUCAUUCAUAACAAGAAAGCAUAAGGUAUAAGCAUAAGAGUUGACAGCAGUUCUAAUGUUCCUGGGGAGCCAGUGUGACAUGGUGGCAAAAGACUUACCUCUCACCUCUGACGGCCAGGAAUCGAAUCCCAGUUGCCCCAUGUCAGCAAAGUAGGUAAUCAUCAUAUCCUAGACAAGCUUGUCUCAUAGCAGUCAUGAAUGUUGGAACACCAGUCUGUAAAAUGAAAACAGGUAAACAUCACAAGUAUGUGUGGCGAUUGUUUCUUUUAUGAAUAGAAAACUGUAUGGAUACUUGUGCAUAUGGAAUCAAGGAUGUAAUUUUCGUUGCCUGUGUCAUUCAUAUUGUGAUAAAACAGUCUUAAUAAUGGGAAAGCCUCCAUCUUGCCAAAUAGUGUCAGGAGUGAGAUGUAACUGGACUUUUGGAGAGUAUCAGUAAUAAUGAGUAUCUUCCCAGGUACGAGGAUUUCUUUCGGGUUGUAUUUUAUCAACUGGUGAAGCAAUAGAUAGUGCACUUGCGUCUCACCUCUGCAUGGGGACUCUGGUUUGACUCCUGGACUUGGCACUACAUCAAAAGAAACUCCUGAGGUAAAAGUGACCCGCUGUUUGGUGACACAACAGUGAGAAUGCAAAAGAAGAAGCUCGAUGGAUGAAGCGAAUGAUUUAUCAUGCUGUUGACCAAUUCUACAGGCACAGAUAUUGCAACCAUAAAACAUCACAACGACACUACAGCUCAUACAGUCGUAAGAAUAAAGAACAGAGGGAAAAGCAGUCACUGUACACUUUGGAUGAACUAAAGAAGUUACAUCAGAAACAACAUCAUCAAAAAAAUGGUGACCAGCGCCAUAACGAUCACCAGGAUCAUGAUCGUCUUAGUGAUCACGAAAACACCUGUAAUUCAUUAAGAAAGACUCUCUGGAAGAAGAGGUUGCACUUUGUGGAGCUCCCCCUAUUUAAGUUUGGUAACUGGAUACCUUACAUCAUGAACCAUUGGCAGUGUUUUGGAUCCAGUUGCGCUCUCUCACAAGUGGCCAUAAAGUCAAAAUCAGGAGAUAUCAUCAAAGUGAUGGAACGUCUUGAUGCUCGUUAUGACUGGCUACCAUCUCCCCAUACAUUAGUUAACAAGCAUAAGAGCUUGAAGCUAAAGUACUACGGAGACGCGUGUGCUAGUAUAGAUCAUGUCCAGAAUAAAAGCAAGAAAAACUAUAAGACCAACAAAAAAAUUCUGAGAAAUAAUAAGCACAAAAAGGGAGUUGGAGAACUUGCGUUGGUUACAGCUUCAGGGGAUUGUUCCUUUUUCGACAAGAUCGUACACAUGUCCCGAGCUAAAGUAGAUGCUAUGCUCAUCAUAAAAGAAUCUAACAAACCACUACAACAAUUAGCAUGUCAUGGAAAACACUGUUAUUUCCCUCUAAGAAUCGCUGCGUCUAUGAUUCGACAUGAAGAUGGUAUGGCGAUUAAAGAUAAGCUACUAUCAGGACAAGAUCUCUUUGCGUCAUUCCAAUCAACUCCCCAGGAAAACUUCUUUUUUGCCAUCGAUGGUCAAGGAAAGUUAGCAGAAAUUGGCCUGUUCUUGUAUCCGUCAAUGUUGUUUAUGGGUUAUGAAGCCAAGUGGUUCAACUACAAGACCGACCUUAUUCACAACUUAACUGGAAGCGCUCGGAUUAUCCACGUGUUUAACCACACCCUUAUGGAAGGUCGCAAAGGAGCAGUUACAACUAUUAAAUUACCACCAACUAAAGAGCUUCUUCUAUACAGAAACGUUGAACUUGACAUGACUCUUCACUGUGCAAGUAAAUACGAUUACGACUGUCCGCACUGGGACCAUGUUGUACAACUAACUAUCUGUUGUAACAAGAGGAAUCCUUUGUGUAAUGAGGAAUUAGGGCGAUGGAUUACCCCCUUUAGAAGGGGUAUAGGUCGAUGGUUGACUAAGAUAACUCCUCUGCUACCACUCUUUACCGGUGAACGAUGUACUUUAACAAUGAGGCACCCGUUCUGGGAGCGUGCAUGGAGGCCAUCGUUGGAUAUUCGACUUUCUGAUCACAUUCAUUAUUCCAAGCACCACUACAGUGGACAUCACGAGGACGAGUUUAUUGUCCCAUAUAAAGCAAUUAAACUUUUCAGUGGUGGAAAAUUCGAUAAACAUUACAAUGAACGCUACAAACCAAUCAAAUUUAAGGUUGGGCGUAAGACCGAACGAGUUAAGCUCGUCGCAACGAUCACAGGUCAUGGCAGCGAUAACCACGGAUGUGCUGAAUUCUGUGUGACGUCACAUCACUUCGUCAUCAAUGGGGAAACAAAUGUUAGGGUUUUCAAAAACGCAGCUUCAGCAAUGGGGUGCGCUAAUCGUGUAGAACAAGGGGUAACACCUAAUGAGCAUGGCACAUGGUUGUAUGGUCGAAAUGGUUGGUGUUGCGGCCAAGAAGUAGUACCUUGGGUUGUGGAUGUCACUGAUCAAAUCUACAACAAUGGUUCUUUGAACACUGUCAAGUAUUUUGGCUGGUUUAAUGGAACUGAUCCCAAUCCAACUAGGGAUUCUGGAAAUAUUCUUAUGAAUUCCUUCUUGAUUUUUUAUAUGUCUUCAGACGAGCUCGAGUGAUCACGAAAAACUAGUUUAUUUUAUUAAUAUUAAUAAUUACAAUUAUUUAUAUAUUUAUAUUGUUUGAGUAAGAUUCGAUUGGAUGAGUAAGAUAUUUAUUUUUUUAAUUUUUAUUAACUAUAUAUGCUUUCCAACUUGAUUUCCAAUGGGGAUUUUCGGUAGUCCAGAGUACUGCCCGAUAUUUUCUUAGACAGGACGUUAAUGGGCAAAAGAUCCCAUCAUCAAAUUUGAAAAAAAAUUCCUGUAAAGUUUGGUAUUAUAAACGAGUUUCAAACAGGUAAAAUUUAAAAAAUGAAGUCAACGACUUUGUCAUUACAUAGGGCUGUGAGAGUUUGAAGAAGUGAAAAAAAAUUGUUCUUGAUAUUUUCGAAUGACGUCAUCACGAUAUUAUUUUGCAUUAAUUACAUCCUUUUGGAACAAAGCAAAAUUUAAAAAAAAGUUGAAUAUUUUAUAACCGUAAAUAUUAUCAAAAAAUAUCUUGUAUGCCGAAUAGUGAGUUUAUUUCAUGAGGGUGACACAUGACAGAAACUAACGUUACUGAUAAACUAGUGAUCCCCACAACGCUAAAAACACCUGACUCUAAUAAUAAUAUAUGCAUAUAAGUAUUAGUAUAUGUAAUAGGACUCCAUGCUGUCCAAUUAAGAAAUAAUUGGACGAGGAAAAUU